AUGACCACACCGGCGAGGAAGCGGUUGAUGCGCGAUUUUAAACGUCUUCAGCAGGACCCGCCGGAGGGAGUGAACGCCUCGCCUAGGUCAGACAACAUCAUGAACUGGCGAGCAGUCAUCUUUGGACCGGAGGGAACGGUCUGGGAUGGAGGUGUCUUCCUCCUGACAUUAGCGUUCUCAGAGGACUAUCCCAACAAGGCCCCCAUCGUGAAGUUCAAGACGCCAAUGUAUCACCCGAACAUAUAUGCUGAUGGGAGCAUCUGUUUGGACAUCUUACAGAACCAGUGGAGUCCCAUUUACGAUGUCUCGGCCAUCUUGACCUCCAUUCAGUCACUGCUGUCAGACCCCAAUCCAAACUCGCCCGCCAACUCUGAAGCUGCCAAACUUUAUGUGGAGGAUAGGGACUCAUCACACGCCUUGAUGGCAUCCGACACGCUUCCCACCUCGGAGGCGGAGUUGGCAGAGUAUGGGAGCAACCUUUUCUACUAUCUGAGCAUGCACCUGGUGGCCUCCGCACGGGGGAGGAAUACGAUCGUGCCCGAGGCGGUCUCCGAGAUUUGGUCCCUGAUGAAGACGCUGCCCGCCCCUGCACCAGAAGCCUGGCACAAGGUCAUCAAGGGGACUCCGGGUACAAAACCCAGGAUGACCGCGAAGGCCAAGACCGAGGCCGAGGCGAGCGACCUGCCCCGCAAGAUACGGCGACCAAAGAUGGUCUGGACCGAGGAGCAGAGUGCUGAACUCGUCAAGCUGAUUGAGGACAAGGAGUACCGCAUCGAGAAGCUUGGCGAGAAGUAUGCCAACCAUGGGCUCAACCCAAACUAUGCAGCCAUUGCCCGCCUCUUUGAUGCGUCUGGUCCUGCGUCUGGUCCUCGGGCAAAGAAGGCCAAGGUCCAAGCGGACACUGCAGAGGCUCAGACCCCAGGUCCAGCUGCUCCCGCCGACACCCCUGCUCCAGACUCGGCGCCCCCAACGACCCCAGGGGGUGCCUGGACAGCCGCCCAGGACCUGGAGCUGCAGCGCCUCGUGCGCGAGGAGGGGUACCGCAAGGAGGUGCUGGGCAAGAAGCACCUGAAGUGGUCCCGCAUCGCCGAGCACUUUGGUCACAGCAAGAAAUCUUCGCGGAAGCGCUUUACCGCCCUGACCGGCGAGCCAGCGCCCGAGUGA